UAACUAUUUAUACAUACGGCUUAACUCAGACGAUCAAAACAAAUACUCCAUUCAUUUGAAUUUUGAACAUGGCGGAGAAUUCUGAAAAUCCCAAUAAUGGGUCCGACGAAUUGUCCGGGAUUAGCUGGAAACCCGAGGCCCGGACUCUAUCGGACAUUGGAGACGAUUCCCUGCCGUGUGUGUGUAAGCUUUCGUCUGAUGGAUCCCGGGCCCUGCCGGUGGGGCUGUCCAUCUACUGUCAACAGCCCCUCUACCUGUACAAGAGACGACAGAGGAAACAGGUGCUCGGUCGGACCAUCUAUCAUGAUGCCAAUGGGCCGUACUACGAGGUGGGACAGACCCUUAUCUUACCGGAUAAUUUUGAAGGUUGGUUUGAAAUCGUUCCAUCGGAAUUUGGCAAAGCUCUGGUUUUUCGCACCAUUGAGGAAGUAUCAAAGAUAUUGCCCAGAAAAAUCUUCACCCGCACUCCAAUGACAGGCAUACGAAUCAUAGAGGGAGAGGAUGGACAGCAGACGUUCAAAGACAGGAAAAUCCCGGCGGGCUCAAUUCUCGUUGUUCAUAGUACGUUGUCAGCGAAGUGGACAACGUGCGCCGAAAGAGAAAAGGGGGUGGGUGUGAGGAAGAAAAAAAUGGAAGAAGUGACAACAAUAGAAAUCCCAUACUUGAAAUGUACAGACAUUGAACAAACAGAAGUUCUUUUGCCCUUCUCUACCAAAGGUCGUUUCAGCAGUGUGUAUGAAAAAGACAUAAACAACGACAGAAGUAUUUACAGGAUGAAAGAUCUUAUAACUGACUUUGACAUGCCGACCAUUGUUCGCCUGGUAUACGGCAAGGCACCGGUUGUUCCGUGUAUUUUCACGGGAGUUAUAGCGCUUAGGGAGACGGUGUCCGAAGAUUUCAUUGUAGCUAGCACUAUCAUGAACAAAAGAAACGUUUUGAUAGAAUUUCCUGUCUCUCUGCCAGUCAUAGCUCAUUUUCCAAACUCGGAAGAACCAUUCAGUGACCUAACGACAUUUCAAGAUGCCAAGAAACUGUGUGAUAAGUAUGCCUUGUCGUUUUCAUCUCUAAUAAAACUAUCACCAGAAAUGGACACUCAUCAUAUGAAAGUACAUUACAAUCCUCAAAAAUCCAAAACCAAAGAGUCAGGCUUGAAAACGCUAGAUUUGAUCACGAACAUUAGUUUAACGGACGACGAACCCGCUGAUAGAUUCAUUGAAUCGGACUCGGACUCAAUUCAGAGCACGGAUCAAGCCAAACCAACACGGGGUAUAUUUAAGCUGCUAGAACUCACAGAGAUAAAGAGGAAAUCAACAGACUGCUAAUGUUAAUAUCAUCAAUGUGUUUUUUUGACAUUGUAAACAUUUGAAUUACUUAAAUGUCACAUAUACAAUUAUACUUGGUACGUGUAUUGUGUCGUGUUGAUUCAUUUCUUCUUAUUUAACCAUUUAACCAUUGCUUUAACAUAAAUUAAUAAUUUGUAUAUCUGUCUAGGAGUGCAAUGUACUGCCAGUAUGUGUUAUUUAGCUUUAUAUAACUGAACGAUGCUCACUAUGAUUUUUUUCCUACUUUUUCUUGCAUCAAAAGGUUUUUAACGUUAUUUUUCAUAAAAAAAAUAUCGAACUAAGUAUGAAAUAUUGAUGUACUACAUGUACAUAUGUGAUCAUAUUUUAAAAGUAAAGCACUGCCCCUAUUUAUAAUGUUAUAAAACUCUAUCAAAUACCAGAGUAAAUAAUUAAACUAGUUAUCUAUUUCUAUGCAUUACAUUUAUUAACAGACUUGUUAUCUAUUUAUAUAUUUUAACGCCUCAAAACAAAUUCUAAAAAACACUUAAGUUUUUGAUACUUUGAUAUACAUUUAUAUACAUGAAUACACUUGCUUUAUUACAAUUAUAUCACCUACUGGCUCUGUGAAAGCUAUCGUGAAUCGCAACUUCUUGGGUCUUUCAAACAAAGAAAAACAGCAUUAAAUGUAAUUUAGC